UUGUAGUAUUCAAAACAAACAUGGCAGAGGCGGAGGACCAGCUGCGGAGAAUGGUGAUGACCUUUCGGGUCUCAGAACUACAGAUGCUCCUUGGUUAUGCUGGCAAGAACAAGACAGGUCGUAAGAAUGAGCUUCAGAGCCGUGCUAUGGACAUUGUGAGGUUACGCAACCCAGCCAUACAAGCCAAGAUCAAAGAACUGUACAAGAGCAUCCAACUAGAGAUGAUGUCGUUUGGUGACAGGUCGCAAGCAGCAGCAGGAGGACCAGCAGGCAUCCUCCCAGCCCAGAAAGUCCCCUUGGGCCUCAACUCCAUAGCCAGCUACACACAGUCCGCCAGUGUUGGAGGCAUUGGUGGAGUCACAUCCACACUGGCUUCCUCUAGAUACUCCACCAACUCCCAGGUGGUGGCCUCGGGAAUCUCCUCUGCCGGGGGAUAUUCUUCCAUCUCCGCCAACAGUCACAACUCCACGUACCCCAUCAAUCCUGAUGUCAAGCUAAAGAAGCUACCCUUCUAUGACAUCCUCGGGGAACUCCUCAAGCCGUCAUCCCUAGCACCACAGAAUUCUGGCCGAUACCAGGAGUCCACCUUCGCUUUCUCCCUCACUCCACAUCAGGCCAACAAAAUAGCCAACUCUCGGGACCUGCGACCAGGGAAGCAGGACUACACAGUGCAGGUCCAAAUGAGGUUUUGUUUACUAGAGACCACCUGUGAACAAGAGGACAAUUUCCCACCCAAUAUUGCAGUAAAAAUCAAUGACAAAAUGUGUCCAUUACCAACCCCAAUCCCCACCAACAAACCCGGAGUGGAGCCCAAGAGACCGUCCAGACCAGUCAACGUCACAGCACUCUGUCGCAUCUCACCCACCGUCACCAACAGAAUACAAGUGUCUUGGGCGUCGGAGUACGGUAGAUGCUAUGUAAUAUCAGUGUACCUGGUGCAGAAGCUGAACUCCGAUGACCUACUACAGCGGUUAAAAAACAGAGGGGCCAAGAUUGCAGACUUCACCAGAUCUCUCAUCAAACAGAAGCUUCAAGAGGAUGCGGAUUGUGAGAUCGCCACCACUUCCCUCCGGUGCUCCCUCAUGUGUCCGCUGGGCAAGAUGCGCAUGAUGCUCCCGUGCCGCGCCAGCACGUGCGACCACCUGCAGUGUUUUGAUGCGUCGCUGUACCUUCAGAUGAAUGAACGCAAGCCCACGUGGACCUGUCCUGUUUGUGAUAAGACUGCUCUCUACGACUGUUUGGUUAUUGACGGGUACUUCCAGGAGGUGCUGCAACUGAACUCAAGCUGCAAUGAGGUAACGCUGCACAAGGAUGGCAAUUGGACGCCUCUCAUGCCCAAGAAGGAGCAGAAGGAGCCUGAGGUGGAGAAGCGCAAGCCUGAGGUGGCCGUGGAGACGCUGAGUGAUGACAGUGAUGACUACUCCACAGAGCAGGAUGAUGCUGCCAUUGUGGAAGAAGUCAGUACCAAGAAGAAGGCUGUGGACCCUGAGAUCAUCACCCUCUCGGACAGUGAUGACAAUGAUGAAGACACUGCACCACCGCCCAAGCGUUCCAACACAGGCCACAACUCUGCCUCCUCUUCUUCAGGUGCCUCAGGGUCUGGGGCAGCGGGUAGCACCACUCCUCAUGGCUCAGAGGGCACUAAGUCAAACGAUUCUUGGUGCGUAGGGGAGGUUGACCCUGGCAAACGACUCGUCUUUAGGAAGUCCCUCUCGUCCUCAUCCAAUGGGACCAGUGGGCUGCUAACACCAGCUGGAGGAAGUAGUGGUGGGCCAGCUUUCUCACCACCCUCUUCUGGGUCGGUCAGUCCCCAGAUAAUUUGUUUAGACAGUCCUGCUUCUUCUCCUUCCCCUCCACCACGUAGGCCUAACCAGGGCUCAUCUCCAUUACCUGCGGGUGUCUCUGUCACCCCUGUAGUGUCGUCCUCAUCCUCAACCCCAACCCCGACCUCUACUGAAGUGCGUCAAGUUAUAAAUGUGACUUCCAGAAGCCCUCCCCCUGCCUCUAUUACCACUGCUGCCCCCUCCACCACUUGUACUACUGUUUCCACCUCUGCCACCACACCAACCACUAAUAGUAGUAGUGAGAGUCCAGUGCCUCACACCACCAUCACUCUUCUUCCCACCUCUAGUAGUUCGGGGUCCAUUUCUUCCACCAACACCAAUGCCGCUGCCUCCUUCCUGUCUCCAAACCCACAGGACCCUCUGGCCGCCUCAUCCACGUUUAACAUGCAGUCUACCUCCUCAGCUGCUGCAGCUGCAGCAGCUGCUGCUGUUGCAGUUGCCAAUCUUACCCCUGGUCCAUAUCCCCUCCCACCAGCUCUACAGAACUUGUUCAAUCCUCUUGGAAUAAUCCCCCCAACAACUGUGUCAGGGACCCUGCCAUUUAGACCUCAAGACAGAUAUAUGUAAAGAGCUAGGUGGGGAUGUAACGCGAUGCUUUAGAGUUGAAGCAUCGGUAACAUAUCCUGAUUAAGGUAUUUGUAUAUAACCACAUUGUAAUGUCUGGCAUCAUCAGUAUGUAUAGACAAACUGUAAUUCUUCACUUGUACUAAAGUGAAGUGUUAUUUAGGAUGUGCAAAUUGUAUUUCAAAUUAUUUGCAUAAACCUCCAUCACCAAAGUGUUAAUGUAUAUUUGUAGUUGGCUGUCCUGCAGACUCCUCUCCAAGUCUUUUGGUUAUCACAAAGGGCUUAGUUUAAUUGUAAGUACUAACUGUUAGAGGUAGUAGUAAUGUUUCAAGUACAAAUGCGACAUGCAAGAGUUUGUUCCAUGAGGGGCAUGAUCAUCACUGUAGUUGGGGAAAGUUGUGUCUGCACAUGUAUAACAUCACUUUAUUUGUGUUGUGGUGGGACUGUUCCUUCCUCUCUUGUUCUUACAUUCAUGCACUAAGUAAUGGGUGAUGGAGGGUGUGGCAGAUCAUGUUGGAUUUUUAUUAUUUUUUUAAUUAUUUUUUUUCCUGUUACUGCAGCAUAUCAAAUGCUCUCCUCAGUUUGGGAACUGAUAAGGACAUUAUAAUUUUAGAAUUAUUUCACAGCUUUGGUAUAGAGCCUUGAUAUUGAAAAAUGUCUUGUGUAGAUGAAAGUGUUGGCUGGAUGGGAUUUUGGAAAGAAAUAGGAAGAGUAAGUAAUUAAGACAUUACCUCUCCCUCUAUGUUUAAUCAGAAGUUUGCAUAUAUUUUUCUUGAUGAUCUAAUAACUGCUGACUUAAAGUGCAAGUGUGGGUGGGAUUCGUAGAGACAUUCUUUGCGUUUUGGGCCCAACAGAGUGGAGGGGAGAGAUUGGUGAAUGAACCUGUCGUCCCCAGUCCCUCCCACCUGGGCCUGGAGAGAACACUGAGUGAGGAGGUCCAGGGGAUGGAAGGAGAAGCUGCUUUAGAAUCAGUCCAAAGCACCCAUACCAAAAAAUACAAUGUAGCAUUAAAGAGAAAGAGAGAACAGUGAAGAUAGUGUUUGUCUGAAAAAUGUGAAUUAUCUUGAUUUGUAUUGGUCAUAUGCCCCUCCUCAGUGCUUGACUUGCUGCCAUUCACCAACACUUCUGUAAUCAUCUCCUUUGUCAUCACCAUCACCAUCAUUGUCACUGUUAUUGUAUUCACUCAUUGUCAUUGUCAUUUUCAUCGUCAUUAUGAUCAUUAUCAUGUCACCUCCACCAUCACUGCCAUUUUCAUUUGAUUAUCAACUUCACAUUUCUCAUAGAAAAAAAACAUUUAACAGGAAAAAUUUUACUUUGUUUUUGUGCCUAAGUAUUCAUCACAACAUUAUUUGUAUCACAUGUUAAUAAAAAGUAUUAGCAAUGUUCUGUUCUGUGAUGAUGUGGUAUGUCAGCCAUGAGGUCAGUAGUUUUCCCAGAGGAGCCGUGUUGUGAGUCGCCAAGGGUCAACCUUCCUCGUGUUAUGUGAGCAUUUAAUUUUAUACCGUGUCCUCUCACUCUGCAUGUGUUGGCUAUAGCAGCUGUUAUAUACACACAUAACUCUUUCAAUGGAAAUAUUAUUGACAAUGUCUUUGCUACUCUGUAUCAAGUGUCAUCUUGUUCAGCAUUUUUAUGUGCAAUGUGGCCAAAACAGGUGUCUGGAGUCUCGGGCCCAGUGCAGGUCUGUUAUCAGGUAUGCACUUCAGUGCAUAGGAACUACACACACACUAAUGGCAUAGUGUGCAUGAGAUUCACAUUACUCUUGUGUACUAACAAGUCCAGAGUGUGCCUGUUGUGAGGUGGACCCUUCCUCCUCUCUAAUGGAGAUGAGGGAAAGUGGUAAACUGGGCUGCAAUAUUCUCACACAGAAUCCUGAGUGGCCAUGUAGAUUUUAUACCAAGUCAAUAGUUACUUUUUAGCCAGCCGCACAAAAGAGUAUUUGCUGCUUAACCUUGAUGGAUAUAUAUAUGUUACACACACUGUAUGCAACAUUCCCAGUUCUGCCUUUUGAUCAUUAGGCGCUGAGAUUUGUAGUGAAAAUUUUUGUUAGCAUUUGUGUCAAAAAGAUAUUUACCUACUAGUAUAUGAAGCCAGGAAGCACAUCACCGAGGGGUGGAGCGGCUCACUGUGUGAUCCCAUCCCUUGCAUUGCAGAUGACCCAGCUUGUUCUGCAGUCAAAAGCAGGCCAUUGUCAUUGGGACUGCUGUAUUCCAUAUAUUUUAUACCCGAGCUGAGUCCCAUAAAGACAGGGUAGGCACACCACCUACAUGUGCUAGAAUGGUCAAUAUACAUACAUUGCAACCUCAAGGAGACACUAGGUUCUGAUGUGUAUUUCCUCAGUAUCCUUGAGUAUUUCAAAUUUUGUGACUUAUAGCUAAUUGGGUUUUUCAAUAAAGAGUUUGUUAAUA